AUGCGUUUCUUAUACAUAGUUACAACAUAUCAUUUGUUUCAGAUAUCCAGCACUCUGAGUCCGUCCUCAAAGAAUGUAUGUCCUGUAAAAUGGUCACCUGUAGAUCAUCAUAUUCUUAACAUUUCUAAAGACGCAUUCACAGUGAAUUGUUGUCCUGACUUCAUCGAAAAGUAUGGCACCUGUGAACCAUGUCCAGAUGGAACUUACGGGAAGUCAUGUGAGGAUCACUGUCCACAAGGUUAUUAUGGUAAACAGUGCAAAGCUGAAUGCAAUUGCAGUUCACUUCAAGAAUGCCACCAUAUAUUCGGAUGUAUCUGUCCAGUUGGAUAUACAGGAAACAAAUGUGAUCAAGGUAACAUAGGACUAAAAGCAAAAAAAUGUUAG